UACAUGACCCCGGAAGCAAAACAUAAAGGCAGCGUUCAGAUGUUAGGUGUCCAAACUGGUGGUAGCUGAAAUUUGUUGAGAAGUUUAGGUAAAGCAUACUUAGUUUUUGUUAAUUUCCUCCUAUAAUUGUGUUAUAUUUUCAUCGUAACUCAAUUCGCAGUGCUUUGCCGCUGUCUUCGUUUGAGACAAGUUGAGUUAAAUCGCAAAAUUCUCAUAAAGGCAUCUAUCAGGAAGUUUCUGGUGUGUGGACAUGGCUGUGGAUUGGAUUGGCUUCAUUUAUGCUGCACUGGUGUCAACAGGAGGAAUCAUUGGUUACAUGAAAGCAGGCAGUGUCACCUCUCUGGCUGCAGGAUUCCUGUUUGGCCUGCUGGCUGCUGUAGGUGCUUAUCUAAUAUCUCAAAAUCCCAGGAAUGUCUGGCUUUCAAUAGGCACCUCGGGAACUCUGGCUGUGGUGAUGGGACUACGGUUUUUAAACUCUGGGAAGUUCAUGCCUGCUGGUUUUAUGACUUUGGCAAGUGGACUGAUGCUGUUAAGGAUCAUCUUGAUGCUAAAGAGACCACAUCAAUCUUAAACAUAUGUCUUCCUUACCUUUACUUAGAGGGAACUCCAGACCCUGUCCUCUGGUUAAGCUCCAGCUGUCCCACAGCAACUUUCUGGUGACCACCUGGCUUUCUGUUGAGGAGUUUUUUGUCGGGUGUACACCUGUAAAGGACAAAAAGGCUCAGAGGGAACUCGCUGUAUGUGAGCUAACUCACAAGUUUCAUUGAAACUGAUAGAACUAGAUUCAGCUUCAGCACCUACAACAUGUGGAAAGUACAGUAUAUAAACGAAUACAUUUAUAUGUGCCAAAACAUCUAUUGCACCAAACUUGUAUAUCAAGGUAUCAGAGAAACAACUAUAAGCAACUCUAAUUCACUAUGUUGGUAUAAAAGAACAUUGAAAUAAAAUGCCUUUUUGGUGUUUUCUUCUUCUUA